AAUUUUACGAAUCAAAGCACACAAAGUAGACGAAAAGUGAAAAACAUAUCACAAAACUUUAAAAUGCAGUCGCGUAUCUGUACCGUUGCCAUUCCUCAAUUUUCAAGGAAUUUGAUUCGUGCGUUUUCCAAGUCAGCAAAUAAAAUGGCUCCAAUAAAGGUUGGUGACAAACUCCCUUCAAUUGAUCUCUUUGAAGAUUCGCCGGCAAACAAAAUAAAUACCGGGGAUUUGACAUCAAAUAAGAAAGUGAUAAUCUUUGCAGUACCAGGUGCAUUUACGCCUGGCUGCUCCAAGACCCACUUACCAGGGUUUGUGUCGAAUGCUGAUUCGUUGAAAAGUGAUCAAGGCGUUAAUGAAAUCGUUUGCGUUUCUGUAAAUGAUCCAUUUGUUAUGUCCGCUUGGGGUAAAGAACACAAUACUGCCGGUAAAGUGCGUAUGUUGGCUGAUCCUUCCGGCUUAUUUGUUAAGUCUUUAGAACUAACAAUUGACCUACCACCGCUGGGUGGUCUACGUGCAAAACGUUUCUCAAUGGUUGUAGAAAAUGGCGAGGUGAAGGAAUUGAACGUUGAACCCGAUGGCACUGGGCUAAGCUGUUCUUUGGCAAACAACAUUGGAAAACAUUAAAUAUUUUAAGUAUGUUCAGGUACAUAUGUAAAAUGACGUAUAGUUUAAGAUAUUACUGUUACAAAGGAAAAUGUUGUAGUUGCUUGAUCCGUAAAUAAAUAUACAUACAUACAUACGAAUAUGUGUAAAUGGAAA